AUGGCCGGUAAAGUUCAGAAUGUAUCUUUUCAUCAAUUUCCUAGAGACGAAGAACUAGCAAAAUUAUGGAAUGAAAUACUGAAACGAGGAAAACCUUAUACUAAGUAUUCCAAAGUUUGCAGUUUACAUUUUAAACCUGAAGACUAUACCAUAACAGCUCUAGGGCGAAACAAAGGGCAAUCAAGAACUCUUCGUAAGGAUGCAGUGCCGUCUCAGAAUCUGCCUUCUGACUUGCCUAUAUUGUAUGAAAAGAAUAAAAGUAGUGGAAGAUGGGUAAUGAAAUCCAUUUCUUCAGACAUGACAGAUUCUCAGUUACAUCAAGUAGCACAAUGCAUUUACAAUAGGACAGUUUUAGCCAUACACGCAUCUGGUGCUUCAAAUCUUAGUAUGACCUCCAUCUGCAGUGAAACAGAUACUUCACUCAAUGGGGAUGAUUCCACAUCCAGAUCGAGCAAUGGCUCCAGUCACUUCAAUGAUACCAUGACACAGAUUGAGCAUUUAUUAGAUGAUAAUAGUGAAUUUUCAAAUGGUGAAGAAGAAACUAUGGAUGAAGGAGAAACUGUAAUCCAACUGAAUAAAACUGAUUUAGAUAUGCAGGAAGAUAUAGAUUCUAACUGUUAUAGAAAAGACUAUAAUCAA